UCAGACGGAAACAGACAAAGGCGAGGGGAGAGACGGCGUGCCGCUAUCCUGCAGCAUCGACUCACACACUCACAUCCACUCCCCCACACACUCCGCAAUCAGCGACGCAGACUCUCUGGAGCUGGUCACCACCCCAACACAUCUGUCACAACCACCAUAACUUUCAGUCAUCAUGGAGCUAGACUUUGGACAUUUUGACGAGCGAGACAAGGCCUCUCGUACCCCACGGGGCGGGCGUAUGAAUGGACUCCCCAGCCCUACUCACAGCGCCCACUGCAGCUUCUACCGCACACGCACUCUGCAGGCCCUCACCAAUGAGAAGAAAGCCAAAAAGGUGCGCUUCUACCGCAACGGAGACCGCUUCUUCAAAGGCAUCGUGUACGCGGUAGCCAACGACCGAUUCCGCACCUUUGAUGCUCUCCUGGCCGACUUGACGCGCUCGCUGUCCGACCACAUCAAUUUGCCACAGGGUGUGCGUUUCAUCUUCACUAUUGAUGGUGCACGCAAGAUCACAACCUUGGAUGACCUAGAGGAAGGGGAAAGCUAUGUUUGCGCAUCAGAGAACUUCUACAAGAAAGUCGACUACACAAAGAACGUCAACCCCAACUGGUCUGUGAAUGUAAAGGCCUCAGCAAGCCAGAAGAACAUGCAGUCCUUAGCUGCCAAGGCUGCCGGUGAGUCCAGGGAGACCAAGGACUUUAUUCGACCCAAGCUCGUAACGGUGAUGCGUAGCGGCGUGAAGCCACGCAAAGCUGUCCGCUUCCUGCUCAACAAGAAGACCGCACACUCCUUCGAGCAGGUGCUCACUGACAUCACGGAGGCCAUUAAACUGGAGAGUGGCGUGGUUAAGAGGAUCUACACUCUGGAUGGCAAGCAGGUCACCUGCCUUCAAGAUUUCUUUGGUGAUGAUGACGUCUUCAUUGCAUGCGGACCAGAGAAAUUCCGCUACGCACAGGACGACUUCUCUUUGGAUGAGAAUGAAUGCAGAGUGAUGAAGGGACCCAAAGCUCAGCGAGGUUCAGCCAAGAGUCCUGGUCCAAUCAAGCGCAGCAAGUCUCCUGCUGAAUCGACCAACGGGACGGGCUCCAGCAGCCAGCUGUCCACCCCGAUUUCCAAGCAUUCCCCCACCUCCACCCCUACCAGUCCAGGCCUCAACAACAAGCAGAAGGAUCUCUACCUGCCCCUAUCUCUGGAUGAUGAUGAUUCUCUUGGUGAAUCAAUGUAGACUCCUGGCUCCUGCUGCCACCCUCCCCUCCAGUUUUUUUUUUUUUUUUUUUUCUUUGGGAUCAGAUACACAGAAGUUUUAUACCUCUGCUGCUUUCCACCUUCACUCACAGUGCCACCUGUUUAGCAUAACCCACUCUUUGUCUCUUUUUUAAAGGCCUUAGCCAACAGGGCUACGACACCAUUUGCUGCUUGAGAAUGGCACAAACAGAUCAGAGAAAUAAUUUUUCUUGUCACAAUCAGCUCACUUUUUCCAGGUUUGCUUUUUCUAUGUGGGAUGGGCACUGUUUCUCAAAGGUUCUCACAGAUCACUGUCAUACAGAUUUCAGUGUUGAAGGGAAAAAAAAUCAUUUUGAAUACAUACAUUUUUGAUAAAGGACACACCCUAACUUUUAAACAUUUCAGUCACAGAAUUCCAAGCAGCAAAUGGGUAUUUUUAGGGGUGUUGGUCAGAAAUGACAAGACAAAACAAAACUUUUGUAUCACUUAUCGUAUUUGUGAUGUUCCUCCGUGUCCUCCUGUCCUCCUGCCCUCUAAGUGAAAGGUUUCUUGUCAGAGGAAGUCUGUUAAGCCAGUUUUAGUCUUUCUAACCUGCUGUAAAUACUGUGUAUAGCUAUCCAUCAUAACAUCUUGCCAAAUGUCCAUUGCUGUGCUUCCGUAAUGUCACUACAAUGUCUAGCAUUCGCUUAACAUGAUACAGGGUACGGUCAAAGUAAAGUGGGACAAAAAAACUACAAUGAAGUCCCCUUGACAGAGGACGUGUGGGAUGCAGUCCUGACUGCGCCUCCUUAAUAACAAUUCAUAUUGCCGGCUUGAUAUAUGUAAUAACGAGGAUCUAAAACCCUCAACCUCAUGUUUUUAGUUGCUGUUCAUCUUAUCCAAUCAGGCGCAAGGACGAUUAUGUAAAGAAAAGGCAUCCCACGCCUCUUUAAGUUGGCCGGUCCUCUGUUUUGACCUUCUACACAGACAGUAGGCUUUACAUGCUGCAUAACAACCCCCCCCCACCCUGUGUUUUUUAGAUUGUCACAAGCGGCAGCACAUGAUGUUGUUUUGAAGGACCUAACUGUGCAUAAAAACAACCAAAGGAAGAUCCAACAGGCCCUUCUGAAGGAAGAAAAAAAGCCAAUGCACAUCCAGUAUACAGUUUUUAUCGACAGUCUGAAGAAUCCCUUUUUAAAACCAGUUUAUCACGUCUUACAGUGUACUUAUUAGAAGUGAUUUCACAGCAAGUAGUGGUGACAUUUUUAUAGUUUGAAAUGAUAAAUAAAUAAAAAUAAAGGUCUCAAAGCCAAAGUAUUCUUUUUUUUUUUCUUUUUUGACCAAGACUUAUAAAAUAAAAAAAGAAAUUAAAAAAAAAAAAGAAAAAGGUGGGAGUAUUUCAUUUUAAGCAAUUAAAAAUAAAAAUAUUGUGAAAGAAGCACACCUGGAGUUUUAUGCAUGUUACUUUUGAAAAGCAUCCAAAUAUGUCAUGCUUAAAUCAUGCUCACCUGAGGCGGUUAGUUUUAUCAGGGCGCUAACGGUAGUGGGAUAUCUCCCUUUUUCUUGCAUGGCUCAGCAUAGUUCUCCAAUUAAGAGGGGAGGAGUGAUGAAAACGUAACAGUUGUCUAAAUCGAUGUGUGGGUUUUAAAUUUUUAUAAAGUUUAAUUUAUAUUGAGGGUACUUGUGUAGGACUUUUUAUUUCCUAGUUUUCCUUGCUCACGUGAGCUCUAAACACUUUUUUUUCCCCCAAGCUUUUGUGUGCAAUCUUUUAUUUCUAUCGCCAUAAUCCCUUUUUCUAUCACUUGGACUCGCAUCAUAUGUCAAGCAAAUCUACUGAAAAGGGGUUUUCUCAGAUUUUUGCAGGGAAUCGAGCCUGAGAAAUCUCUAAAUUGGACGAUGCUGAAGCACAAAGCAGGGAGCUACUUAUUCACCACAGCAACAGACACUUUACUGCCUACUUGCCAGCAUUACAAGGUGUGACUACAACCAAUUUCUCAAUAUACAGAUGACGUGCUGCAUAUGUAGCAUUCUUUUAAAUUAAUAUCUAUGCAUUUGGAAUCAAGAAUGUUUUUUUU